AUGUUCGAUAAUGAAAUAAUUCCAAAUAAAUUUGUGAUUUCUUUUGAUGGCAAAGGAUUAGAUAUUAUUACUGGAAUCCCUUACAAAAUUUCGAAUAAUGGAAAUUAUAUAGAUGAAUGGGGCGGAAAUCAUGGUUCAACUCCUCACCUUUCUUCUGAAAACCAUCCUCCUGGUCAUUCCUUUUAUUCAAGACAGUUAUGGUUUCUCGUGGAAUCUUCAUUUAGAAGAGGAUACAAAAUAUUUUCCAAUGGAAAAUAUUUGGAUAGUUGGGGAGGUGGCAAUGAUUCAAAACUCUACAUAAGUUCAACUGAUCAUCCUCCAGAAAAUCCCUGUUAUUUACGACAAAUUUGGUCUUUUUACUCUGAAAAUAAUAAUUCCAAAUCUAAAGUAUUUCAGAUUCAUAAUGAAAAGAAUAAUUGUUUCAUAGACACAUGGGGUGGAGGUGGAGGCUCCAAUAUUAAACUUUGUUCUCACUUUAAUAUUCCAACGGAUGUACAUUAUUCAAAACAAUUAUGGAAGUUUAUCCGAGUUUUUGAUUAUAAAUUAAAUGCUGUGAUUAGCAAUUUCGAUUAUAAACUUUCUUCGGAUAAAAAAAAACAACCAAAGAAGAAAACUAUUUGUGAGAAAAUUAUUGAUAAUUUAACAUCUUCAACUAAGCUUACCGUAGCUUUUACUUUUCAAGAAGAGUUAACAAGUAAAUUCAACUUUAGUUUCAAUGAAUCUUUGGAGUUUAUUUCAGAAACAAAAUUAAAUACUGUUAUUCCCUUUACUGAUAUUGAGAAAGAAUUUAAUUUUAGACAUAAUUUUGAAGCUAAUAAACUGACUACUACUGAAAAAUUCACCACAACUAAUACAGUAGAAUUAACACCUAAAUCUUGUGUGAAAUCUACUAAUCAUUAUGAUUUUAUGGAAAAUGUUGAAAUUCCUUUUGAGGCUACUAUAGAAAUAACAGUCAUAGGUGACCGUUUAAAGAAAGAUGGUAAAAUUGUUAAGAAUACCAAACUUGAUGCAGAUGCUGUUAAAUUAUUUUUGAGGGAAAAUAAUUUCCGUGGAAAAAUAAUUAGAUCUGAAGGAAAUUAUGUUCUAGCUAAAGUGCAUGGAAUUUUUCAUGGUUCAUACGUCCUAAGGACUUAUCAAAAAUUAGAAGACAUCAAAUUAUAA